AUGAACCUCGAAAGCUAUUCUGAUAGAGGCGAACCCGUAACCGUGGAUCUCCUUGCCUGGGUCCACUACCAUGGUAUCUUAGCAGAGUUCAGCAUAUUCCAUUGGCGUCACGGCGUCAUCGAAUCCCUCUAUGGAGAAGAGUUCGGCCUUGAUAAACCUCUUGUGCUCCCAUGUGACAAGUUACGUCGAGUACGACAGCUCCAUUUCAGCACAGCGCACCCAUCCCACGCAAUACUGUGCUUGCUAGCAGAGGCCUGUUAUUCACUUUACGAGUACCAGGAGCUCGUGCUUACUUCAGACGAAUACUAUUCAAAGCUGAGUGACUUGAGAAAGCAGACAGAAACUAUGCAUAUUUCAUUGCUACCGAAGGACGGACCCUCAACCAACGAAAGCCUUCAUCUCACAGAAACAACCUCCUUAUUGCAGCUAGCCAUUCUCAUUUUCAUGCAUCGCAUCACUGAAGGCCCCCUCCAGCGGGAUCCCGAUGGACUCAUUGCCUGGCAAGACCGAGCAUUUACUAUAAUAAGGCGUAUUGAUACAUGCCGGCACCUCUUUCCGCUCUUCAUCAUCGGCAUCGAGGCACAAACAGAUGAAAGGAGAGCAGACUUCCUAAACUUGAUCAAGAGAACAGAGGAGAAGACAAAUGUUCGAAAUCUUGAUACCUUCCAGGAGACCAUAGUCGGAAUCUGGAAUCAGGAAGAUCUCAGCGCGGAUGAGAGCUGGGGUAUCAGCUACACCCAUAAAAUCAGUGGGGUGAUUAGCUCUAGCAAAUUCCUGCCUAGUCUAGCUUAG